AUGUCGGUGAUUGGGGGCCCACCGCAGUAUAACGAGCCUUUGGACAUAGACCUUCCCAAUAUUGAACUCUUGAAGUUCACAACAAAGAGCAGCAAAUCCCUUUUUGAGGGAUACGGCUAUAUGGACCUGUGGGUGCGCAUUAUCGAACAGAGUGCGCCUGGGUAUCUGGUCUUUGAGGCUCAGGGGCGGGAGCUGGCAUUCAAGCUUGAUAAUCUGCGUAACUUUGGGUUUUGA